UCACAUCCCAUGUUCUUCCCCUCCCAGGUGUCUCCUCGGCCGUGCUGGAGGUGCACGUGGGGACGGGCUCGGUGUUCUCCGUGGAGGGGCAGCAGGCGGUGCUGCCCGCCUGGUACACCAGCCAUUCCCAGAGGAAACCCUACGUCACCUGGCUGCUGGAUAAGGAACAUGCUGACCCCUUCCAGAUCCUGACCUACCUGGAUGGGGUGGUGAAGGUGGAAGAGACGGAGCUGAAGCCCCGCGUGGGGUUCCUGUACCCUGUCCUCAGCCACAACAUCUCUGUGUUCAUCAACGCCACCCGGGAGCGCGACUCGGGCCAGUACAUGUGCACGGUCAACGUGGUAGACGAGGCCUCCAGCAUGGGCAAGAACAUCGGCGUCAUCAACCUCACCGUGCUGGUGCCACCGGCCACCCCGUCCUGCCAACUGCACGGUGACCCCAUGGUGGGAGCCAACGUGACGCUGAGCUGCAGCUCCAGGAAGGGGAAGCCCUCGCCCGUGUACCAGUGGCAGCGCACGGCGCCCACCCUGCAGGUCUUCUUCCCCCCGGCACAGGACUGGCACAGGGGCACCCUCAAGCUGACCAACCUCUCCCUGGACAUGUCGGGGCUCUACGUCUGCGUGGCCGAAAACCAAGCGGGUUCGGCCGAGUGCAGCAUCGUCCUGGAGGUGCACUCAA